GCACACUUGCUGUAAAGGGACGUCAUAGCCGAUCACACAGACGAACAGGGCUAACGUUACCAAAACAUGGCGAUGAAAUAGUUUAUGGACUAUAUGUCGGGAAAUUACUUGGAUGUUAUCAACUAUACUCUUAACUAAAGUAUAUAUUUAGAAGUACGUAACCAGCUCAAAUUCGUACAAUUGGAUCCGUACAGAAACGGCAUUUUUCACCGUCGGUACAGGCAGUGUAAGGCGCGAUCUGUGUCAACGCGAAAGGAGUGAAAGUUUGUGUUCAGAUAUCGAAUGUCGGACAUUCGACGUAGCUAGCUGGCUACAUAUGAUCUACUGACCGCGCCAUUUGCUUGCAACGUCAUUUGUGGAACAUUAAAUCUCUGCAGGACGCGAAUUACGGCCAGCUAGAAUGCAAGCUUAUUCAAAAUAAAUGUUAUUUUUGAUUUGUGCGUGGGUAGCUAGCUAGGUAACGUUAACAGCUCUGCUGCAGACCACCUUCGUAUUAUUGCGCUGUUAUUAUUUAGCCAACAGCUAGCUACCUAGCCAGGUAACUUAGCUAGCUACUUAUUCUAACUUUUGUUUAAUCUCACAAACAUAAUUGUAUUGUGUAGUUAAACAUUCAAAGUAUAUGUAGAUGACCACCUCGUUCGAAUUGUCAUGCAACAUAUACGUAUUAAUAUUGCCAAAAUGAACGCAUAGAGUGCAGCACAAUAUUGGGUCUCUAACGCAAUGGGACUAGCUUGCUAGCUAACUGCAUUUCGCCUUGCCGAUUUUGCGUCUGGUUGUUUAUGUUAGCAAGUCAAGUCUCAUAAGGUACCCCCAUAUCUGUCUGCGCGGGACCUGACAGUGCAGGACACCGCUAAAUUAAACAUUGGGCCACCUGGAUUUUCUACCCGCUGCUACUUUUUAAAACUAAUUUACUACUUUUGCCAGUAUGUCAGAAAACGCCCCCACACGAAGCUUGGAUGACAUCGACCUCGCAGCUUUGAGGGACCCAGCAGGGAUCUUUGAGCUGGUGGAGGUGGUUGGCAAUGGGACCUAUGGACAGGUGUACAAGGGGCGUCAUGUUAAGACGGGCCAGCUGGCUGCCAUCAAGGUAAUGGACGUGACAGAGGAAGAAGAGGAAGAGAUCAAAGCUGAGAUCAACAUGCUGAAGAAGUACAGCCAUCACCGCAAUAUUGCCACCUACUACGGAGCUUUCGUCAAGAAGAGCCCACCUGGACAUGAUGACCAUCUCUGGCUGGUGAUGGAGUUCUGUGGGGCGGGCUCCGUGACAGACCUAGUGAAGAACACCAAGGGUAACUCUCUGAAGGAGGACUGGAUCGCUUACAUCUGCAGAGAAAUCCUCAGGGGCCUCUCGCACCUCCACCAACACAAGGUCAUCCACAGAGACAUCAAGGGACAGAACGUGCUGCUGACGGAGAACGCGGAGGUCAAACUCGUGGACUUUGGGGUUAGUGCUCAGCUGGACAGGACUGUGGGGCGCAGGAACACCUUCAUCGGUACGCCUUAUUGGAUGGCCCCUGAGGUCAUCGCCUGUGACGAGAACCCUGACUCCACCUAUGACUACAGGAGUGAUAUCUGGUCCCUGGGGAUCACAGCCAUAGAGACGGCAGAGGGAGCUCCUCCUCUGUGUGAUAUGCACCCAAUGAGAGCUCUGUUCCUCAUCCCGAGGAACCCCCCUCCCAAACUCAAGUCCAAGAAGUGGUCUAAGAAGUUUAUAGAUUUUAUUGAGGGCUGCCUGGUGAAGACGUACACCAGCCGGCCGUCCACAGAGCAGCUCCUGAAGCACUCGUUCAUCCGGGACCAGCCCACAGAGCGCCAAGUCCGCAUCCAGCUCAAAGACCACAUUGACCGCACACGCAAGAAGAGGGGAGAGAAGGAGGAGACAGAGUAUGAGUACAGUGGCAGUGAUGAGGAGGAUGAGAACCGUGGGGAAGACGGAGAGUCCAGUACCUCCAUCCUGAAUGUGCCUGGUGAGUCGACGUUGAGGCGGGACUUCCUGCGUCUGCAGCAGGAGAACAAGGAGCGAUCAGAGGCUCUGAAGAGACAGCAGGCCCAGCUGGCCGCCCAGCGCCGAGACCCAGAGGAACACAAGAGACAGCUGCUGCACGACCGACAGAAACGCAUCGAGGAGCAGAAAGAACAGCGCCGCCGCCUGGAAGAGCAACAGAGAAAGGAGCGAGAGAUGGUGAGACAGCAAGAAAAGGGCCCCCAUCGGAGACUUGACGAUAUCAGGAGGGAGGAGGAUAGGAGGCUGGCCGAGAGGGAGCAGGAGUUCAUAAGACAUAAGUUAGAGGAGGAACAGCGGCAGUUAGAAAUCCUUCAGCAGCAGCUGCUUCAGGAGCAGGCACUGCUCAUGGAGUACAAGCGUAAGCAGCUGGAGGAGCAGAGGCAGUCUGAGCGUCUGCAGAGGCAGCUGCAGCAGGAGCAUGCCUACCUGGUGUCUCUGCAGCAGCAGCAACAGGACAAGAAGCCCCAGCCCCUCUACCACUACAGCAAGAACGUGGAGCCCAACAAUAAGCCUGCAUGGGCCCGAGAGGUGGAGGAGCGCAGUAAGCUCAACAGGCAGGGCUCCCCCAAAAUCUGCAACACUGUCUCUGACACUGCCAUCCAAUCCCGCUCUGACUCCAUCAGCCAAUCCGGAGGGGGCCAGGCUUCUCAGACCCCGCCUAUGCAGCGGCCUGUUGAGCCUCAGGGGGGACAGGGCAAGUUCCAGAUGGCCCACUUGGUCCCGCUGAAGCCCUACGCUGCCCCUGUCCCCCGCUCCCAGUCCCUGUGUGACCAGCCCACUAAGACCAUGUCCGCCUUCCCCACCCAGGAUCCCUCCCCCACCCCCCGCCCUGUCCACUCCAGGGAGCUGGUCCGACAGAACUCUGAUCCCACCUCCGAGAGCCCCGCCCCACAGCCUCGCAAAAGGGAGGACCGCGGCCCCUGGAUCCGCCUGCCAGAGAUCGAACAGCCGCCCAAGAUUCCCCAGAGGACCGCCUCCAUUGCCACAGCUCUCAACACCAACCUAUCGUCUGGCAUCAGGCAUCCAGUCAGAGCCAGCAACCCAGACCUCAGCCGCAAUGACCGCUGGGAGAGAGGAGAUAGCAUGAACCUCGUAUCCAAUCUACCCCAGACUGGCUCUCUGGAGAGGCACCGGAUACUCAGCUCCUCCAAAAUAGACUCCCCCAUACUAGGCCAUGACGGGCGCAUGGCGGGGCACAAGCCAGGGGAGUCUCGCACGUCGUCCCGCCCCAGUCGCCCUGCUGACCAUGGGCUGUAUGCUAAGGAGCGUCCUGAGGAGCAGCCCAGACCUCCGGUGAAGGCCAAUGACUACUCCUCAUCCUCAGAAGGCAGUGAGAGCAGUGAGGAGAGUGAGAGUGGAGAGGGGAAUGAGGAGGAGGACAGCCCUACAGACCGUCCCCGGGAUGCCGACACUGACUCGGUCAACACCAUGGUGGUUCAUGAGGAGGAGGAGGGCGAGGGAGGGGAGGAGGGGCAGGCUGGAGUCUACAGGGACCAGACCAUGCUGGUGCAGAGGACACCAGAGAAGCGGAGCCACAAUGGAUACACCAACCUGCCUGAUGUGGUGCAGCCCUCUCACUCCCCCACUGACUCCGCCUCCCACUCCUCCCCUGGGAAAGACUCUGUCUAUGAUUAUCAGUCCAGGGGUCUAGUCAAGGCGUCAAGUGGCAAGUCCUCCUUCACCACCUUUGUUGACCUGGGCAUGUACCAACCACCAGGUGACACUGCGGAUGCCAUCUCUGUGGGCAGCCUGGGCUCCAGGUUUGAGCAGCUGAAGAUGGAGGUGAGGAAAGGCUCCAUGGUGAAUGUGAACCCCACCAACACACGCCCCCACAGCGACACCCCCGAGAUCCGCAAGUACAAGAAGAGGUUCAACUCUGAGAUCCUCUGUGCUGCUCUCUGGGGUGUGAACCUGCUGGUGGGGACAGAGAACGGUCUGAAGCUGCUGGACCGUAGUGGUCAGGGGAAGGUCUACCCCCUCAUCAAUUCCCGCAGGUUUCAACAAAUGGAUGUCCUGGAGGGACUGAACCUGCUCAUCACCAUAUCAGGUAAGAAGAACAAGGUGCGUGUGUACUACCUGGCCUGGCUGAGGAACAAGAUCCUCCACAAUGACCCGGAGGUGGAGAAGAAGCAGGGCUGGACCACUGUAGGGGAGAUGGAGGGAUGUGUCCACUACAAAGUGGUGAAAUAUGAGAGGAUCAAGUUCUUGGUGAUAGCUAUGAAGAAUGCGGUGGAGGUAUAUGCCUGGGCUCCCAAGCCUUAUCACAAAUUCAUGGCCUUCAAGUCCUUUGGUGACCUGCCCCACAGGCCCCAGUUGGUAGACCUCACAGUGGAGGAAGGUCAGAGGUUGAAAGUCAUCUAUGGCUCCAUUGCUGGCUUCCACGCCAUCGACGUUGACUCUGGGAACAACUAUGACAUCUACAUCCCAGUGCAUAUCCAGUGCCAGAUCAUGCCCCAUGCCAUCGUGUUCCUGCCCAGCUCGGACGGCAUGGAGAUGCUGCUGUGCUACGAGGACGAGGGCGUCUAUGUAAACACCUACGGACGCAUCAUCAAAGAUGUGGUGCUUCAGUGGGGCGAGAUGCCCACCUCCGUUGCCCAUAUCUGCUCUAACCAGAUCAUGGGCUGGGGAGAGAAGGCCAUAGAGAUCCGUGCUGUAGAGACGGGCCACUUGGACGGAGUCUUCAUGCACAAGAGAGCCCAGAGGCUCAAGUUCCUCUGUGAGAGGAAUGACAAGGUGUUCUUUGCUUCGGUGCGCUCCGGGGGCAGCAGCCAGGUCUACUUCAUGACCCUGAACAGGAACUGCAUCAUGAACUGGUGAAACAACAUUGUCCCAUACAACUAUGUCCCGUAGUCAGUCAGUGUAUGGAAACCACCAGGCCAAGCGAAAGACACUCAACCCCCCCAUACGAGGACAAACCACACAGUCAGACUCAACACAAACACAUCACACACAUACAGCUCACACAAGGCUACUCUAAAUCCAUUCCAGCCUAAAGUCUUCACAACAAAGCCUCUCACCUGCCACCUGCUGACUCCCCUAAACUGACUGAGCUCCCUCUGAAAUGGUAGCUAACUAUGAGACAUCACCACAGGAUUCUCAUGUAAUAUCAUCUCUACUCUACUGUGUAUAUAUACCUGUCCUGUAUUAUUGUACCUCAGUCACUUGGUGGACCUGUGUUUAGUCGUAACUACUGUAGUUAGUUCCUUCUUAUGUUAAAAACAUUCCUUACUGGUGAAAUACAUUUGGAAGAAGGCAAGAUUGAACCAAUAUAAGUCCAGAUUGAAUUGUAAAUAGCCAGUUUCUAACAUGUUCACAUGGAAGAGAACAUGGGUAGAUUGAAGUCACUGGCAGACCUGUAUAUUACACCUCCAUUUGGGGCGUUACCAUGGACCUGAUAUAUACUGUACUGGCACACCCUAGAGGUUUGAAGUAUUGUUGCAACACUUCACCAUAGAAGCUCACUCACUAUGCUAAGCUUCUGAUUCCCUAUGACAUCAUUGUUCAACUCAUUGUUUAAAAAUAAGAAGUGUCGUUUGAUUAAAACUUGAUUUAAUGUUUGUUAUUUUGAUGUUUUUUGGGAUGUAGGUUUUAAAAAACCUCCUAGGAAGAUGGACUAUCUAUGAUGUGAACAUACUAUUGUUCUAUUCCUUAGUAAAUCCAGAGAAGUUAAAGAAAACACACUGCUGUGCUCUAGCUAUACACCUUCUAUUCCUUUUAUUAUACCCUUGCUACAUCUCGGGGAUGGGACUUCCUCACCGUUUAGGAGGCUUUCUAACUGGCUUUAGAUAUUUCUACCUUUGUUUCUUGUCAAUAUCGCUAAUAUCGCUACAAAGAUUUGAUAUCUGUACGGUUUCUGUAUUUGGUAUUAGCCUAACUGGUAUUCUUACUUUUAUCUCUACUGUUAUAUUGCCGUUAUAUUGCAAUAUAUAUGCUGUUCUAGUGCAGUUCUUGUUCGGAGAAGGGAGUUCAGUUAAUUUGUUGUGUGUAAAAUAUACCAGUGGAAGGGAGUGAGGUGACUUGUUAAGAUGUGGGGGUCGAGGGGUGAUGAAGUAUGAAGGCUUUGAAGUCACAGUAAUAAAGAGGACAUAGAGGAAGAGGGAGAGAUGUAGUUGUAAGAAUAUUAUAAUGGAAGUCAGGUUUUCUUCAUCUUGCGGAUGUUAUCCAGUUGAAUAUAGUUCCCUUUUCUCUUACUAGAUCUACUCUGUCCGCAACCUACGUUUUUAAUGUAUUUUAUGUUCAUUGGUAUGGAUUUGGGUAUGUGUGUUUGUAUGCAAAGGUGUGUGUGAGCGUUUAUAGGGAUGGGGCUGCAGUGGAUAAUACUGAACUAUUAUUGUGGUUUCAAGCAAUAGCUGUGUGGUUCUUGAGCCAGUAUUGAACUUCACUGAGUGAUGCUUUAGCAGUCCCAGUUUUGUGGCAUCUUUGGCUCUGCAAUACUGUACUAGAGGACUCAAACUCAUUAGGGACUUUUAUGUAUCAUACUAAACUGGUAGUAAGACAAAAAUAAGGCAACAAGUUGUUGAAUCUAUUGGUAUUGUUGUUUUCCCUACCAAAAUUCACAAUACUUCUCUGAACAUACUAUGAAUCUACUUUGAUUCUUUAAGAGAUCAGGGGAAAUGCUUAAGCUGUGGGUAUUUUAUGUACUUUACUCUAAAUGGAUUCUAUAUAUUAUAAAUAUAAUUAGUAUAGAAGCAAAUAUUAUUAACACCUACUCAUUCAAGGGUUUUUCUUUAUUUUUACUAUUUUCUACAUUGUAGAAUAGUAGUGAAGACAAACUAUUAAAUAAUACAUAUGGAAUCAUGUAGUAACCAAAAUAGUGUUUUUAAAAAAUCCAAAUAUAUUUGUAGCCACCCUUUGCAUUGAUUACAGCUUUGCACACUCUUGGCAUUCCCUUGACCAGCUUUACCUUGAAUGCUUUUCCAACAGUCUUGAAAGAGUUCCCACAUAUGCUGAGCACUUGUUGGCUGCUUUUCCUUCACUCUGCGGUCCAACUCAUCCCAAACCAUCUCGAAUGGGUGGAGGUUGGAUGAUUGUGGAGGCCAGGUCAUCUGAUGCAGCACUCAUCACUCUCCCUCUUGGUCAAAUUGCCCGUACACAGCCUGGAGGUGUGUUGUGUCAUUGUCAUGUUGAACAACAAAUGAUAGUCCCACUAAGCGCAAACCAGAUGGGAUGGUGUAUCGCUGCAGAAUGCUGUGGUAGCCAUGAUGGUUAAAUGUGCCUUGAAUUCUAAAUAAAUCACAGACAGUGUCACCAGCAAAGCACCAUCACACCACCUCCUCCAUGCUUCACGGUGGGAACCACACAUGGGGUGAUCAUCUGUUCACCUACUCUGCGUCUCACAAUGACACAGCGGUUGGAACCAAAGAAUCUCAAAUUUGGACUCAUCAGAUCAAAGGACAGAUUUCCACCAGUCUAAUGUCCAUUGCUCAUGUUUCUUGGUCCACGCAAGUUUCUUCUUCUUAUUGGUGUCCUUUAGUAGUGGUCUCUUUGCAGCAAUCCGAACAUGAACGCCUGAUUUCACGCAGUCUUCUCUGAAUAGUUGAUGUUGAUGUGUUUGUUACUUGAACUCUGUAAAGCAUUUAUUUGGGCUGCAAUUUCUGAUGUGCAGUUAACUCUAAUGAACUCAUCCUCUGCAGCAGAGGUAACUCUGGUGAAGCUGGUUGAGAGAAUGCCAAGUGUGCAAAGCUGUCAUCAAGGCAAUGGGUGGCUACUUUCAAGAAGCUUACAUCUAAAAUAUAUUUUAAUUUAACACUUUUUUUUUGGUUACUAAACUCAGCAAAAAAAGAAACGUCCUCUCACUGUCAACUGCAUUUAUUUUCAGAAAACUUAACAUGUGUAAAUAUUUGUAUGAACAUAAGAAGAUUCAACAACUGUUCAGGGGCAGAACGACAGAUUUGUACCUUGUCAGCUCGGGGGUUUGAACUUGCAACCUUCCGGUUACUAGUCCAACUCUCUACCCACUAGGCUACCCUGCCGCCCCAUCUAGUGUGGCCACCAGCUGCAUUAAGUACUGCAGUGCAUGUCCUCCUCAUGGACUGCACCAGAUUUGCCAGUUCUUGCUGUGAGAUGUUACCCCACCGGGAACCUGCAAGUUCCGGGACAUUUCUGGGGGGAAUGGCCCUAGCCCUCACCCGCCGAUCCAACAGGUCCCAGACGUGCUCAAUGGGAUUGAGAUCCGGGCUCUUCGCUGGCCAUGGCAGACCACUGACAUUCCUGUCUUGCAAGAAUUCACGCACAUAAAUAGCAGUAUGGCUGGUGGCAUUGUCAUGCUGGAGGAUCAUGUCAGGAUGAGCCUGCAGGAAGGAGGAGGAUGUCUUCCCUGUAACGCACAGCGUUGAGAUUGCCUGCAAUGACAACGAGCUCGGUCCGAUGAUGCUUUGACACACCGCCCCAGACCAUGACGGACCCUCCACCUCCAAAUCUAUCCUGCUCCAGAGUGCAAGCCUCAGUGUAAUGCUCAUUCCUUCGACAAUAAACGCGAAUCCGACCUUCACCCCUGGUGAGACAUAACUGCGACUCAUUUGUGAAGAGCACUUUUUGCCAGUCUUGUCUGGUCCAGCGACUGUGGGUUUUUGCCCCUAGGCGACUUUGUUUCUGGCGAGGACCUACCUUACAACAAGCCUACAAGCCCUCAGUCCAGCCUCUCUCAGCCUAUUGCGGACAGUCUGAGCACUCUGUACCUGAUGCCAUCCUGUACCUGUACCUGUGAUGCCAUCCUGUACCUGUCCCGCAGGUGUGAUGUUCGGUUGUACCGAUUUUGUGCAGGUGUUGUUACACGUGGUCUGGCACUGCGAGGACGAUCAGCUGUCCGUCCUGUCUCCCUGUAGCGCUGUCUUCGGCAUCACACACUAUGGACAUUGCAAUUUAUUGCCCUGGCCACAUCUGCAGUCCUCAUGCAUCCUUGCAGCAUGUCUAAGGCACGUUCACGUGGAUGAGCAGGGACCCUCGGCAUCUUUCUUUUUUAAAUUUUUUUUUUAGAAUCAGUAGAAAGGCCUCUAGUGUCCUGAGUUUUCAUAACUGUGACCUUAAUUGCCUAACGUCUGUAAGCUGUUAGUGUCUUAACGACAGUUCCACAGGUGCCUGUUCAUUAAUUGUUUAUGGUUCAUUGAACAAGCAUGGUAAACAGUGUUUAAACUCUACAAUGAAGAUCUGAAGUUAUUUAGAUUUUUAUGAAUUAUCUUUGAAAGACAGUCCUGAGUUUAUAUGAUUCCAUAUGUGUUAUUUCAUCGUUAUGUCUUCACUAUUAUUCUACAAUGUAGAAAAUAGUAAAAAUAAAAACCCUUGAAUGAGUAGGUGUGUCCAAACUUUUGACUGGUACUGUAUAUUAAAAUGGAGAGUACGGAACAGAAUCGAUUGUAAAUGGAUGAAAGCACUUAGUACAGUUAAAAUGUCUAUAUUUUACUCUGAGCAUGCUUGCAUGCACAUAUAUGAGCAAUUCCUCCUGUAUCACAGUUCAGUAUCAAUUCUUCGAUUAGUUUCCCCCGGGCCUACUUUAUUGAAUAUCAGCUGUGUGACAUUGUGACUGAUAUCUCACGUUUUUACACACUCCACAAGUAGCUCUGACAGUCAUGUAAAUGGUCCACCUAUCUUAGUAAGCCAAACUGCCAUGUUUACAGUUUAAGCAGUGCCUUGGAGUAGGGAAUAGACUGGGUGGUGAGGGUUAAAGGGGGGUAGUGAAUAUGACCCUCCACUCGCUCUUAUAACUGAACUCCAGGAAGAAGAGGUUAUACUGAAGGACAGUUUACAAUAAUAAAUAGUUGCCUCCUUUGUUACUGGUGUCCUGUGCCAAUGAAGUGCACUUACAUAGAAACCAAAACAUCCCUAUAUGACUCAACUACUUUUACAUUUGUAACAUUGUCAACGACUAUAGAUUUGAUUCUGUAAUAACCUCAAUGUUUGCCUACUGCUUUUUAAAUGUAAUAGACUCUCAGCAGUUACAGUGACUGUAGAUCUGUUGCCAUCAUGUGGAAGAGUUAGUGUAGAGGAAAUAUUACACAUGUAGUCUGUAGGCAUUUUCUAUAGAAUUUUAAUCAACAUUUGAUUUCAGUGAAGUAUUAAAUGCAUACAAUAUCAUUGUAUGACCCAUUCAUGUAACUACAAUAUUGGCACAGGACAAAUGUGCAGUUCAUGGCAGCAAACCUACCCAAUUUGGAAUUUUGAAAAUGAUUGUAUGCCUAUAAAGAUACAUUUUGUCAGAGGUUGAUGUGAUAGUCCUCUAGACAGUGGGAGGGGGGCCAAUAUACCAUAUUAAAAGCCAUAGGAGUAUUCCACAUUUGUUGAGAAUAAUUUGAUAGUAUUUUAUAUGUUCAAAUGAAACUUAAGCCAGUGACCUGGGAUGUGAUGUUUGAGGCGCUUGAAACGGAGAUAAAGAUGCAGGUUUUUCUUGUGUGAUCAGAUAUGUGGACUGGGUGAGAUGCAGUGGGAAAUGAACUAACUUUAAUAUAUUCUGAAAGGACUAUUUUAUUAAAGCAUAUGUAAAUUAUAUUGAGAGAUUUAACUAAGUGAAUGUACAUUAUAAAACAGAUUUGUAUAACAUACUUUACGGUCUGGUAUAUGAAUUAAUCUAAGCACAAUGUAUUCUAAUUUACGGCACAGAGAGCAAAGCUAUAAAUGUGGGUGUCUACAUAAGUGUGUGGACUGUCUUUGUGGGUGUGACGCAUGAGCGUGAUGGUGGAGCUGUAUGUAUUUCCAGUGGAAGUGCAGAUUCCUCUUGAUACUGCCUAACUAGUAGUCAUACUGUUGGUUGAGAGGAAGGGAGGGACCAGUCUGAUAUUGAGGACAUAUAAUGUCAUUGUGAGAUGGGGGAAUAGUCAACUGAGACAGAAAGGUUGGUGAAUGGAGAGGGUCAACAGUUGUCAUUAACUUUUUAUUGUCCAAUCUAAAUUCAUUAUCAGUCAAGUGUAGUGUUACGGCGAAGUUCUAACAGUAAAAUGGGCUUGUUUAAUGUUUCAGCCCCACAGAACAUUGGGAAUAUCACAAAGGCUGUCCUUGCCAUAUCAAAUGUUGUGAUGUUUCUCCUUCAUAAGCAAUAUGAGCGUUAAGAACAGAUGAAGUUCAAUUCUCUGCUGUCUGUCUGUGAGACUUGUGGGAGGGUGUUUGUCGUGGCCUUUGGCAGACUGAAUCUAAGCUGGACUGUUUGUCCUUGUCUCGUUAGUGAAGGAGAUACCCGUAUGUUGUUUAAUAAAAAAAUGUGGGGUCUUAAUCACAAGAAAAUAUACCUUCUAAUCCACAGUCUGCAUAAUACUCAUACAUCACUUUAACAGUUAUGAUGCUUGUCUAGUUUUGCAUUCAUUCCUUUAAUCCAGUUAUUGCCUUUUGAUGAACUAUAAGGUGGAUCAUAAGGCUGUGUUUACACAGGCAGCUCAAUUCAGCUCUUUUGUCAAUUUCCCUUCGCUAAGUCCCGCCCCAGAAUUUUGGGCAAGCAAUCGCAGCAAUGGAUAGCAACUGUCGUCGAGGCCUAGCCAGUGUUGCCAUUUAGUGACUUUGUCGCUAUGUGUACGGAUUUAUUUUUGUUUUAAAAAUGCAGCCUGAAAGGGUCCCUUCAGUGACUUAUUGGGAAGAGGCUAGCGACAAUUCAGUUACUUUUAAUUUCAGGCUGCAUUUGGUGUUUUGCCACCGAGUUUCCGAGCUAAUUUCCCCCGUAAAUUCUGAGUUGGAGAACACAGGCAGAGAAGCACAAUGGGAGGUGCCGUGGGUUAAAACUACAUUGGGGGCUGCAGCUAGGCAAAUCUGUGCUGUGACGUCGAAGCGGCACAUUAAUGCCAGUGAGGGGAGUGGAGGAAAAACGUAGUUUCCUGAAAUGCAGAGCCUGUUGGAGCAUUAAUCUGAAUUAUACUUUUGUUCCAUUGUUUGUUAGAUCAACUGGUUGGCUAGCCAAGGUUAGCUCUGUCGCACUAGGCCGUUUUAAACUGCAAUAUUCUUAGCCUCGGGCUAACAUCUUCCUUAGCCAGCGGUGUGAACGCAUCUAUUGACAACCUAACGUAAUAUAACUUGUUUUCUCAAUGUAUGUGAGCUAGCGAAAUUAUCCAUGCUAUUAAUACAACUCCCAUCUGCUGUUGACAUCAGGAUAUGAUUUGAGAGCACUAACAAGUUAACUCCAAAAGUGGUUAGUAGCUUUGACUGCAUGCUGACAGUGAAUUCAGAGAGCCAUUCAGUGGCUAACCACACUAGCUACAAACCAGUGGAAGCUGCUGAGGGGAGGACUGCUCAUAAUAAUGGCUGGAACGGAUUUUUUUUUACCAGGUUCCCGUAAAGAAAUUAUAAUGACAGUCCACCACAACAUACCCAAGAGAUUCCUGAUUAGCCAGGGGUAGUCUGUUUUAAUUGAAUUGUUGUGUAUUAAAACAGUUUGACAUUGCGAGGGGAUUUCACCAGUGGUUGACAAGGGAAUUGGGCUUCCAGGGAAAAUGUUGUCAGAGGUUGUAACAGUAACCAAGGGGGGAAGAGCUUAACGUGGGUAAAUUAUUUAUAUAUCUGAGACCCAUCUGAUAUUUUCCCCAAUGUGUAAACAACAAAAACACAUUUGAAUCUGAUCCACAUGUGGAUCUCAAUCUCAAUCAUGAUAUAAUUCUGAUGUUCCAUAUGUGACCUGUCUGGAUGAUUUAGAUUUUGUUUUUUUGCACAUUACCUGCCAUUACCAUGACAACCACAGCUACAUUUAAAGGAACAGUGACAGAAAUAAGCAUUGCAUCUGUGUGUUACAUCAGUGGAAAAAGGCUAUACGGACACUCCUGACCUGCAAAACAAUUGUUUUUUUUGUCAUUGAAACAUUUGUUAAAAUGGGGUAAGGGUCAGUUAGAUUUUGGCUUCUACGCUGUUUGUGGUUUUAGGCUGGGUUUCUGUAUAGCACUUUGACAUCUGUUGAUGUGAAAAGGGCUUUAUAAAUACAUUUGAUUGAUUACAGGUCAGGAAUAUCCUUAUAGCCUCUCCCACAUCCGUGUGAAUGCAAAAAUCUGAUAUGUGCACAUGUAAAACAGUGUGGACAGUCAGAAGAAAAAAUUCAGAAUUGUGUUCUUAGGGUGGCUGUGUAAACACAGCCCAAAUGAAGGAUAAUACACUGUUCUCAUUUGGGUGGGUUUUCUGCUUCUGUGUAGUAAGUGUUUUAGGCAUACUGUCUCUGAGCCUCUGCCUGUUGCUAUGGAGGCAAUGACCUGCUUCACCCAAUGUAGUCACACUUUAAUCAAGACACUAUUCACAGAUAUAUAGUCAGACUGUACAAACUCUUGGAUCUCCUUGUAGAAUAACAUUUAAAGUAUGAAUGGAGUUGUGAUUUUUAAUAGAUGCUUGUUGUUGGAAAUAGGACCAAUGAAGGUCGGGAAGCUGAUAUCUUUGGAUGGGUCUAUAAUCUCUUAUCCUUUUUCUGUUAAGAAAUUAAAUGUCUUUACAGUGUUUCUGUUUUUGAGGGGUUAACUCCAGAUUGUAUUUCAUAGACUGAUGAACUUUCAAGAUUAUGUUGAAUGGACUCAUGAGUCUGUAAAAGUCUUAAUGCAGAUUUGUUUGAAAAAUAAAACUACAUUGAUCUAAUCUUAAAA